AUGUUGCCAACACCAGGUGGCCAGAGUCCGGCCAUCUAUGCUUCCCUCCUCACCCAUCCGAGUGACUCGGCUUGCCUGACGGGAGUCGUCACUACCGAAAACCAGCACCUAGGCACGAUGGGGCUCGAGCCUGUUUCGUAUACCGAAUCUGGCUUUUCUGCCCAGCCACAAGAGGCGCGAGAGCGGCUAGUAUCAAGCUGCUACCACCAAUUGGCCCUACUAAACCCUGGUCUCCAAGAGGAACAGCCCUCUAGCCCCAUUGCCACUAUGUAUUCCUUUCCAGAUGUCGUGGGGUCUUCUGACCGCCUGUACAAAAGCCUUCUCUAG